AUGUGCCUGACAAAAUCACAAAACAACAAUUAGGUAAACAAAAUUAUACAACGGUCGGGGUGUGCACGUCGAAAUGCACGUACUAUUAAUUUUAAAUUCAUUUCCAAUUAACAACUCAAUAAAUUUCACUGAAAAUCUAUAUUGUAGUAUAACUGAUUUAUUACACAACUUAUUGAUUUUCAAGCCAUCUAAAUACCUACUUAGGUCGCAAGUGAAGCUAUAAAAAAUCAACAGAUACUCAUGACAAAUUGUUUGUUUAUCAUUAUUAUCUAAAAUAUAAUAAGGAAAAUACUCUGUUUUAUUACAUAAAUAUGUUGUUUUAUCACGUCAAUGUAUUUUUAUCACAGUUAGGUAAAAUACAAUAUUGUCGUCAGUUACACAACAGCAUUCAAUUACUAAAGAAAUCAAUAAAACGGUUUCAAUUAUUCAGAGAGCUAUUAUUCAAUUUCGUUUAUGAAUUAUUAAACUAUAAAUUACUUUUACGUAUUUGAUAUAAUUUAAAGUGGUACACAUUAGUUACAAAAGUUAUCAGCAGAUAACUUGUGGAAAUUAUUAUAUUUCAAUUUUAUGAGUAAUUGAAUUAAAAUUUGUAUUUACUGAGCUGUUAAUUGGUUUCUAAAAAUUACUAUUUUUUGUGUAGAUAAAAAGCUCAUAAAAUAAAACAUGGCAUUCACUUAAACUAUGGAAAUAGUGUGAACAAAUCCAUAUUAUUAGAAAUAUUUAAAUCAAAAAUACUAAAAUUGAAAAAGCAUAUAUUGUCAAGGUCAAUUGUAAUAAACACAUCAAGCCAAUUCCAACAGUAUCAUUUAUAUAUACAAUGACAGUGAAUAACAUUAAUACAAUUUGCCUGCAACAAUAAACAACACUGAUAAAACCCAUUGUUUACUAAGUUACAAAAUUGAAAAAUAGUGGGUAAGAUAAAUAAUAAGGCUAAAAAUAAAUAGUAUGAGCAAAUAUUUGCUGCAUCCAGCAUAAAGAUUUUAAAAUUAAAUCACAAGAGACGUGAUUAUUAAAAUACAAACAAGACAAAUACGUUUAAGACUUGUUUAUCAAUUAUCAACAUUACUUAAUCAGUUGUUUCCCCAGAUAGUGCUCCAAGUAAAAUGGAAAGAAUUAGGCAGAGAUUGUUACGAAGGCUUGAAUCUGAAGGUUCGCAAGACGAUGAGGAGCCCUACUUCACGAAACCGGUGUCCAGCAGUUACGAAAGCAAACGUCCCAGGGCGAACACAGUUUCAGAGGGCACAAAGUCAACUUCAUCGGACAAAACGCCGACAGUUUUUCGAUGGGAGGGCGGCGGCCGUGAUGUACAAAUUAGUGGCACGUUUUCCAAUUGGGAAACGAUUCCGAUGGUCAAGAGCCACGGCGAUUUCGUAACUAUCAUAGACCUACCUGAAGGUGAACACCAGUAUAAAUUUUACGUGGACGGCGAGUGGAAAAAUGAUCCAGGCAACAAGAUGAUUGAAGACAAAGAGGGCAUUAAGAACAAUUUGAUUUCUGUCAAAAAGUCUGAUUUCGAGGUGUUCCAAGCCUUGGAUAAGGACAGUGAGAAUGUCACGAAUGAUGCUCAGAAGGAGUUUGGACAGGAGAUUCCAGCUAACAAGCCAUGGGAGAAAGUAUCUGGGCCUCCCAUUUUGCCGCCGCAUUUGUUGCAAGUUAUACUUAAUAAGGAUACCCCUUUAUCUUGUGAACCAACAUUACUACCAGAACCAAAUCAUGUGAUGUUAAAUCACCUAUAUGCCUUGUCAAUAAAGGAUGGUGUGAUGGUUUUGAGUGCGACUCAUCGUUAUAGAAAGAAAUAUGUCACUACUUUGUUAUAUAAGCCUAUUUAAUUUAACUAGAUGUGUAAUAUAUUGUAUUAUAAGAUUGUGUUAAUUAGAUUUGCUAAAAAUUAACAAACUUAUUACUUUUAAUGUGUAUAUAGUGUUUUAUAUCAGAAUUUUGUUUUAAGUUUUAGUGUUCAAGUAUUUUAAUGUAUGGCUAAAUGUGUAUACAAAGCUUUGAAAAUGAAAACGAAUUACAUUGUUAAAAAUUUUAUUUAUUUCAAUAAAAUGUACUUUGACAAUAAUAAAAUGGGUCAAGUAAAAA